UGCAAUGGAGCGUCGACUGCUCUGGCUCUUGCUGACCUUCUCUGGUCUGCUGGUCGCACAGCUCGAGGCGCUUAACUUCAAGGACUAUCGCAAGCGUCUCUUCGCCUUCAACCCUGCGACAUUGACACCACAGUGCAGAAUAGUUUUUCAGAAGUGCGCCCCCAAGCUGUUGAGCAUGGUUCACGUCCUUGACAACGUAAGCAAGCGCUGGAAAGAAUACGAGUCCAUCCCGUGCAUGAAGAAUGUGUUCGAUCGAGGCUUUCCAGACUACAAGCAGGAUUGCAGCAAGAGCGGGCUUUACGGAGAUGCUGUGAGAUGUCAGCUGACCGACGAGGUCAUGGAUGUCUACGUAGAGAGAAGCAAGCUGGCACCUGCAUUGGAAUGCCUGCUUGAGAAUGCAAAAGACUGAAGACGCUUUGCGCGAGGGGCUCGAUGCAAUAAUUGAUAAUAAAAUGGUCAGCGCGUGGUGGCGCCGGCUCGCUUUAUCGCUCUCAAGAAACGUUACAGACGUCUUAACGUUCGCCAUUAAAGUCCAAUCCCAUGCGCGAAAAGUUUUACAUUCAUCAGCUGCAAGUGACACAUUGUAGCAUCAUUUUCUGCACCUCGUUA